AACUUCCUUGCUGAUUUUCCUUCCCUUCUUCCCUUCCCCUCUCCCAAAUCAGAUUUCACUCACUAUUUUCCAAGUGUAUUACUGUUUUGGAUUGUCGAUAACUAUCUUAAAAGAUGGUGUCCAGACUUAGAAAUUAAAAAGCCAGCCCCAGUGAAUUUAAGGAUUGAGCUAUACUGAAGUAGAACCGAUAAGUGUGAUUUGGUUUUUGGUAGUGUGUGUGUCGCUCUGACAAGAUAACAGUACCAACCAGAAUCAAUUCCCAUCAUCCUUUGAUGUGUUAGUGCAGUCCAGGGAGUGCCCAUGGUGGGUGUUUCUGACAUCUAGAAUGUCAGAAAAAAAUAAAUCUAGAGAAUUUAUACAGCAUUUUGUAUUCUACAUGGAAUUUUCUCCCCUCCCCCCACAAGAACCCCUGUUCUAAUAACAAGAAUACAUUCGUGAACAAAAUGUACAAGUUCUCUUCUCCGUGGGGAGUUUAUAGUAUAGUUUGGAGGAAGUCAGUCAGCUAGUCAGUCAACAACUGGUAUACCAACUGGUAGAACAGUGCUUAAAGCGUUUGAAACACAUGAAUUUGGAGGGGUCAAUUGAAGACUUGUCACAGUUGUUGUCUGCCAAUGCAACUCAGCCUGGAGCUACAGAAAACCGCGUCGUGCCCAGCCAGCCGGUGGUGGAGGUGGUGCUGAUGAAGGUUUUGGGAGGCUGCAAGCUGUUACUGCGCUUGCUGGACUGCUGCUGCAAGGCCUUUCUGUUGACCGUGAAGCACUUAGGGCUAAAGGAAUUCAUUAUUUUGAACCUUGUGAUGGUUGGGCUGGUGAGCAGGUUAUGGGUUCUCCAUAAAGGACUUUUGAGAAGGCUGAUUUCCUUGUAUGAGCCAUUGCUAGGUUUGCAUCAGGAAAUCUCCAGGAUUCAGCCCAUGCCUUACUUCAAAGAUUUUGCCUUUCCCUCCAACAUCACUGACUUUCUAGGCCCCUCCUACCUUGAAGUCUUUAAGGGAAAAACACCUGCAGCUUUUGCUACUAAAGGAGUAACAAAGUUGCUAAAUAAACUGUUUUUAAUGAGAGAGCAACUACCAAAGAUCAAUGAAGACACCUUAGAUAGGCUUUCCAAACCAUCUAAGCAAAUGACAAGCAGUCCGCAGAGCAGUGUGGACCUGGGGCAGCCAGUGAAAGCCUGUAAAAGGACCAAAAAAGAAAAGCCAUUGGAAUUUGACGUGCGGGCUUUCUGCACAAGACUUCGAAACAAAGCUACUCAGGAGACCAACUAUGAGUUUAAAUAUUCUCAAUCCAAACUGAAGACAACCAAACCUUCCUCUCAGAAACUGAGAACUCACUGGGCUAAUAAAACUGUGCAAAGAAUCCGAAGGACCAAGACAUUCACCCAGCUUUCUGAAGAAAUCGAAAUGGCAAUUAUGUGGUCCCGGAGCAAAAAGCUCAAGGCUCAGACCACCUAUCUGGGCAACAAGCUUCUCAAGAGUAAUAGGCUUAGACAUGUGGAAUCUCAAGGCUAUAGUUUGCCAAAGAAGCUACAGUGCAUGAAAACAUCUCUUUGCAAUUGCCUUCUCCGAGGCUCUAGUACCAGCACUUCAAAGCAUCCUCCCAGACAAAGAAGAUCAAAGUAUAAAGUUUUAUCAAGACGAAGGAAACCGCAGAGAAAGUUACAGUCAACUCUUCUAAAGGAAACCCAGCAGGUCCCUGAAGGGACUCUGAAGAACACUAGGGACAGCAGUGCUAAGAGCAGAUGCUCUAGGACAGUUCAGAGGUCAGAUGUCUGUCCUAAUGGAAAGCAGGUCUUGAGAAAACUUGCAAAGCCUGACCUAAAAACAAAGAAGAUGGGGACCCAUGGGAAUCUUACAGGGGGCAGUGGAAAUGAAUCUGGCCUUCGGGCGAAGAGACAGAUGCACAUACACAAGGCGCCAGACACUGCUAAAGAGGCGGAUGACAUUGAUGAUAUUUUUGCUUUGAUGGGAGUUUAGAUGUACUGAUGUGAAACUUCUGAGCAGGUAACAAGCUGGUCCAGUGUUCUGCUCCUUUAAUGGGUGUUGCUAAGAUCUGGAAACACUGCUUAGGCUGAGAGCUGCUUCUGUGCAGUACCCCAGAGGAGUGCAUUCAGUUCAAUAAAUGCUGAGUAUUUGGCUUUGACUGU